UGAAGACUUGAGACGUCGGUGGUGGCUCGCGCUCUGACGCACCGCCCAGCUGUCAGUCUACCGCCUUCAUGACGAUGAGCGACGACGUCGAACGACGAAGUGUUGGCAGCAGAGGUGGUGCCGGACCAAAUUUGGCUAAAGACAGGAUCCAAGACAGCUCCACUGAUGAGAGCGAAUUAUUACGAAGUGAUCCCGAACAGGCUGGAGAUGAGGAAAGUAGUGAGCACGACCAGAGCGAGGACACUUCCGAUCUCUUCUGGGAUGACGAGAAACCGCAUCGAAAGGAAACUAUGCAGGAAUUUGUUGGGAGGCAAUAUCGAAAUGUUGUGCAUUUCUUCGUCGAAGACUGGUUCCUCUCAGCUUUGCUUGGCAUCAUCACUGCAAUAUUAUCCAUAACCACUGACGUAGGCAUCGAAUACAUCCUUCACUUCCGCACACAUCUAUAUCACUGGGCCAAUGCACAUCAUGUCUAUAUGGGAUUUGCCUCAUGGAUUUUGUUUGCUACAAUCCUCGUCACCACUGCUUCUUUGGUCUGUCAUGCACUGGGAAAACAAGCCGUCGGAUCCGGUAUACCAGAAGUAAAAGUGAUCAUGCACGGAUUUGUGCUUAAGAACUACCUCACGCUCAAAACGCUUAUUGCCAAAAUUGUCGGCCUUACUCUAACACUCGGUGGUGGUAUGCCAGUCGGUAAAGAGGGUCCAUUUGUACAUAUGGGAGCUAUCGUAGCCUCACUUCUGAAUAAAGCAACAGCAGCAUGUCAAUAUAAUGCUUUCUUUUCGAAUGAAGGUCGUCAUAUGGAAAUGCUUAGUAGCGGUUGUGCUGUUGGUAUUGCUUGUACAUUUUCUGCACCGGCUGGAGCUGUGCUCUACGGUAUCGAAUCGACAUCGAAAUAUUUUGCUGUGAAAAAUUACUGGCGAUCGUUUUUUGCCACCACCUGUGCAGCUUUAAUCUUCCGUUUUGCCAUAGCUGCAAUCGUGCCUCAACAUAUAGCUGGAACGAUAACGGCCUAUUACCAGACCAAUUUUCCAAAUGAAGUUUUUCUGAUUGAGGAAAUCCCGUUUUUCGCCUUGUUAGGAGUACUUUGCGGUUUAACUGGAGCCGCUUUUAUAUGGUUGCAUCGCAGAAUUUCUGUUUUCAAGAAAAGAAAUCGAGCAUACAGAGCUAUUUUCGGCAACAGUCCCAUUGCUUUCACAUCGCUAUUUGCCAUGUGUGUUGCCAUUCUCACAUAUCCGGAAGGUUUUGGUAGGUACAUCGCAGGGCAGUUUACAUUCCGUGAGACAUUAGCCGACUUCCUGGCCAACUGCUCGUUCACCUUGGCCAAUGUCAGCUCACAUGGAUGCCCACCCGAAAUGAUCGCUCACUGGACGGGUGGAACCUCCGGGGAAUUCCACCCGCUUCUAACUCUUUUCUGCUAUUUCGCUGUUUACUAUGUUUUGGUAGCAGUUUGUGUGGGCCUAUACUUACCAGCAGGUAUAUUCGUUCCUUGUUUCGUGAUAGGCGCAUGUGGAGGCAGAAUGGUUGGAGAGAUCUUGGUUAUGUGGUGGCCAGAAGGCAUCCGAGGCCUUGAGGGUCCACAAAUUUAUCCGGGACUUUAUGCCGUUGUUGGAGCUGCGGCUUAUACCGGUGCUGUUACCCAUUCGCUUUCAAUUGCCGUUAUCGUAUGUGAAACUACCGGUCAACUAUGUGCCCUUCUACCAGUUUUGAUUGCGCUCAUGAUAGGCAAUGCUAUCUGCAGUUUCUUGCAACCAUCAAUUUACGAAAGUAUCAUCAAUAUCCAGGGUUAUCCAUAUCUUACGGAUCUUCCACCUAGUCGUAUUAGUGUGCACACAAUGAAAGUUGAGAAAGUCAUGGUAAAAGAUAUAGUAUUUAUCACGAGAGAUACAACUUAUAUGGAGCUGCGAGAGAUACUUCUUGAAACACCAAAUCUACGAUCAUAUCCGUUCGUUACGGACAAAACGUCGAUGACCUUACUCGGAAGUGUCGCCAGAAAGUACCUUUGCUAUUUACUUACAAAGCAUCUGGGUGCUGAACCCGGCUUCCAGACGCACAAGCGCAAGAGCCGCACGGCUUCCGAACUUCUCAACACUAUCGGACAAUUCAGAAGAGGUUCAAAUAUAAACUUCAAUGGCACCGGAAUGAACUCGCACAACUUCCUCACGGAUCGCAACAUUAGCGGAAAUACACUGCUGGCACAUUCACCUUUGCAUGAUAAUCAGGGCGAACGAGGACCGCUUGCUUCACUUCUGUACAGUCAAGCGGACGGUCAUGAAGUGCCUGUGCAUUCAAUGGCAAAGAGAGCUGAAAUUCUUGCAUCAAAGAUUGAUCUGGACGAUGUUGCCAUAGAUCCUGCUCCUUUCCAACUAGUCAAGGGAACAUCCCUGUAUAAGGUGCAUACACUGUUCUCGUUACUGGCACUGAAUCACGCUUACGUCACGGAGAAGGGAAGACUUGUUGGUGUUGUAGCCCUGAAAGAAUUGCGAGAAGCACUUUCGAACAUUUACUCACGUGGAGCUGUACCUAUUCGUCCACGUACUCGUACCAUGUCAACAUUCCGCGUGGGACAGGACAAUCAGAAUGGAGUUUCGCAUCUGGAUGUACCAGAUGUGACAAUCAUACCUAGUAGCUCGAGGAACACUUCGGACUGAAUCUUCUCACUUUCGCACAGUUUCUGCCGUUUGUGGAUUUCCUAAUCCUCCCAAAAUCUGCUGUCCUUCGAUAUGUAUUGCGACAGCGCAUUACAUUUUUUCACUGCUCAUAAGCAGUGAUUUGCAUGCAAAAAAAGCCAGCCUUCUUUAUCUCCAUUAUUUGUUGUGGGACUCAGUAAGUCCGAGUUUAUUAGUUUCUGCCUGUUCUUGUCAUGGUUUUGAAAUUUGAACCUGUGAUUGAGACGCUGCCAAAUAUGAUUCCUUAGGUAAGCUCUGCAAAAUGAUGUACUUUACACCGCUAC